AUGGAUCGGGAUUUAGCCGGAGGCCUGAAGCACGGCCUCUUCCUCUUCCUCACAGGUCAAAGGCAGCAUCUGAACCGAGUUAAACCAAAAAACCUCUUUCUAGGAACCUGCCACAUACAGAAAAGUGAGCAAGAGCGAAGAGUGAGCGGUGGCGACUUCUGUGGGCGCUCCGUGCUCCGCAGCCCGGGCUCUGGGGCCAGACUCGGCCGUGUGACACACGCGGGCCCUCAGGCACGGCCAAGUGACAGCAUUAGUCCGGUGACAAGAAGGAAGGAACACUCUCCACAAAAAGUAGAAGUAGAAAAAGUUAUCAAACUGCUGCUGCAGCAUCCUGGGGCGGUGCCCAAAGCCGGCCUAAAUCCCGCCUUGUCUCCAGUUUCAGAAUGGCUGCGGUUGCUGCCUUUCCUGGGCGUGCUGGCCCUGCUCGGCUACCUGGCUGUUCGUCCCUUCCUCCCCAAGAAGAAACAGCAGAAGGAUAGCUUGAUUAACCUCAAGAUCCAGAAGGAAAAUCCCAAAGUAGUGAAUGAGAUCAACAUUGAAGAUCUGUGCCUCACCAAAGCUUACUGCAGGUGUUGGCGUUCGAAGACGUUCCCUGUCUGUGAUGGCUCCCACAACAAGCACAAUGAGUUAACAGGAGAUAAUGUAGGUCCACUAAUACUCAAGAAGAAAGAAGUAUAGCAGAUGCUUAAUCUAGAUCAUGACUGAUAAAAAGUCUUUUAUACUGUUGUAGUUGCAAGGGACAGCAUUUUGUUAUGUGACUGGUAUGAUUUAGUUUCAUGAUUGCUGUAGAUUUCUUUUUGGAAUAAAUUGCAUUUAGACAGUGAUGAAUUUGUCACUGUUUUGGUACCUUAUUCUGAGAAGAAUUUUGCCUGCUUUGUAAAACUGUAAAGUACCUAUCUCUGUAAAUAAGUCGUUUAUUUCAAUAAUAAAUUGACUUUCUACAACUAAG